AUGCCAAAUGAUAUUCACGAAUAUCGCAGAGAUACUUUCGGAAUUCAAAGAAAUGAUGGUGAAGAUGUUGAAUGUAGAGAGCCAAUAAAUGAACUUGAUCAGGCUAGUUUUCAGGCACUAGUUUUGGAUCAAAUUACAAGGAUACAGGAGCAAAAUGAACUGAUAAAGACAAGAGUUAUACAACUUGAAAAAGAGCAGGAAGACUUCUACUUAAGCACUAGUCGAAGGUUAGAUAACGGAUUUCGAGAGGUGGAAAAGUGUACGAAGGAAAUGUCUUCAAUCAAGGAGGUUUUCAAGGAAAUAGUAGGGAUAAUGACCGGAGAUCGGGUCCAGUUUCUUGACCAUUCCUCUGAAAAUGUCACUUCCGAGGAAGCGCAGGCAAUUUCAAGCUCCCAGUUGCUAGCUGAGAAUUUUGCUAAUCACCGCCGCCGUCAGUUCAACGACUAUAUUCAUGAUCGAAGAGUUCUUGAAAGGGAUGAAUGCCCCUCAACACUCGAAGUUAAGAGAGAAGAAGAUGCAGCGUGGAGACAGGAUUGCACUACUAGCCAACAGUCAUCUUUCCAGGGCCAUGAGCCCGAUCAGGAUCUUGAGUAUUCAAACUCGCACAUCCCCACUAAUUACAGGCUCAAUAGAGCUAUACAUACAGUCACAGAUGUUGCUAGGGAAUAUUUUGAAGGGUUGAGAGGUCAGCCAUCGGUAAUGUAUUUAGAACGUCGCUAUGGAACACAUUGGAGGUCUAAACCAUCGGAACGGACUUUUUUCGCAAAGAGAAUGCAGAUUAUCAAUAAAAUCAAUGAUAUUAAGGAAAACCCUGAAAGAUAUGGCAUGCCACCAGGAAUUUCGAGGAAACAAGCUAUUCGCGUUGUCGAAAAUGUAAGAUUAGGGAAUAAUUCAUUUUAUGGUCAUUCUACCAGAAUGACAUUGAACCAGCUGUAUAUAUACUUGACAAAGAAAAUGGAUAAAACUGAGGAUUACAAUUUGACUCUGAAGGAGCACGGGAAACCUAGAAGGGAUUUGCUAUCAAGAGAACGCUUGAAGGAUUCAAAUAAUACUAGUGCCACCCAAACUACAGAGCCUGGUAUUGAUGAAAGGUCAAGAGCAGGUGAAACUAAUCAUGGCGAGAGCAACUCAUGA